CGCCUCUCGGUUCCCGGCCGCGGCGCGGCGGCUUUUUAUUUCGACAUCGCUUGGAGGGGGGAGGGCGCGCCGCAGGGGGGCACGAGGGUGCCCGGGCUCCGCGCCCUGUCUGCCGGGUCCAGCCGCCUGGGCUGGCCAGGCUCGGCCGUUCGUCAGUCGAGGCGCGCACACCCUGCAGGCCGCCCCCGCCUUCCCAGGGCCACGCAAGCACUUCUGCUCUCAGGGAUGGAAGCUCAGGAAGCCUGGGGUGCCUCUCUUUGGAGACUCUCCCUCAAAUGCAAGUACACGGACACCUGCCCCCCCCCUCCAGUACACAUUGUGCACGUGCUGUCGCUGGGUAGGAGUCCCCAGGCAGGCACUCUCGGGCACACGAACGCCGGUGCACAUACAGAUGAAAGGUACACACACACUGACACAGUCGCACAACUCCCUCACGUCCUGCAUAUUUGGGUACGUGCGGGUGCGGCGCGGCCUCCUCCCCACCGACUCAUUUUCGGGAUGGCUUUUCGGGUGCGUCCUUGGCCCAUUCCCGGCGAACCUUUUGCAUCACACAGAGAGCGAGGGGCUUGUCCUCAGAAGGGUGCAGAGUCAGCCUGGUGGCAGCCUGCAUCCUAAGGAGGCACCUGAGCUAGACAGCAAUGAGAAGCCAUCCCUCGCACUGUCCUAACCCCCCCCCCCAGACUGUGAACCCUGCUGUGCUGCAACCCCACCCUUGCACUGCCAGCUGUUUGGGGUCUUUCUGAAUCUGUUGCUUUGUCCACACAGCCUCUGCGUGCAGUUCAAUUUAUGUGCCCAGUGUUCGCCAUGGGGACCUCAGAGGAGCGUUUGCCAAACUUGAGUGGAUCCCUCAGCGUUUGUGUUGGGCAGUAAGUCACAGCAUGACUGUUUUCAGAGCGUGACCCCCCACAAGUGCACAUAAGAGAAGAGUGUCUUGUGGAACCGGGAGCAUGUCUCUCUGUCCAGAUUAUCUCUGAGAUAGACCGGCCUCUUGGAAUCAUGAGAUAGGCAGCAGGUAUCUGUAAGUGUGUCUGAAUCGGUGUGCUACCUUUGUGCAUUUGUGUAUGUAUCUAGGCAUUCGUUUGUGUCUUUAAUAGCCUGACUCUCUGUAUAUAACUUUCAAUGUGUGUGAGAGAGAGAGGAGAGAUGUUUGCAAUGUGUCUACGUAAAUGACAAUUCUAUUAAUUAGUGGGGGAGGGUGUCUGUGUAUCUGAGGCCAUGCAGGUGUGUGUGUGUGUGUGUGUGUGUGUGUGUGUGUUUAAAAGCACGCUCUCCCUGUGUCAGCCGUGCCUGGCCUGGAACUCUGCCUCCUGAGUGCUGGAGUUAGAGGUGUAGAGGUGUGCCCCGCCACUCAGCAUUAGCAUGUCUUAAUGGCUGGUGUUGAUGUCUAACUUUGUGGUGAAGGUAGAUGGGGACAAACAUAUCCAAGGAAGCUUGCAUGUGUGUUGCUUCAGCCGGGACUGGUGCGCGGGGAUUGAUGUUCCUGGGCGCCUGCGUCUCCCACUCCACCCUGAAUCUGUGGUUCUGUGUCCGGGGCUACUUUCUGUCUGGUAGGGAAGGAGUGUGGAGACAGUAUGUGUACCCUCCAGGCUCCCUGGCCACCCGCACCUUCCCUAACCAGCAGGGCAGGCAGCCAGUGGAGCCCCGGGGUGCCAUUUACUCUGGCACUUUCUGUCUGUCUGUGGGAGGGGGAGAUGAGCUGAUAAGCCUUAUCUGCUAUUACCAGGGCCAUGCUGAAUAACCGUUCUAAUGAGGUGGCCUCGCUGGGACCACCAGCUCCCAGGCCCCUUCCUAUUGGGUAGGGACUGUCCAGACAGACCUGGAGCACAGAGCCAAUCCCCCAGGGACCUGGUAGACCCUGUGUCCCAGAGGGCCUCCCCCCCGGUUUGUUGGUUUUUUGUUUUUUGUUUUUUCUUUUUUCUUUAAGGUCUGCCUUGUUUCUUAGAGAAAGGUCCUAGGUGCUGCAGCCAGGAAUCAGUCUCCUCUUCUCCCCGGGCUGGGCUGGGUAGAAUGGCAGGAGCCUCUCAGUCUGGCCUUCUGAAGGCGGACAGUUCAAGGCCCAGAACUUGGGGUGGAGAGAAUUGAAAUCCCAGUGACAGAGGUCCAGAGAGAAAGGGAGGGGCAAACAGCAGGGACCCCAGGGGCAGACUUAAAAUAAUAAUAAUAAUAAUAAAUGUGGCAAUGCGAAGGGCCGGAAACACUUGCUCGGUUGGCCUAGGGACCACGGUACUCAGGCUGAAAUAAACAACUAACAAGUGUCAGAAUGAAUCAGAGAGGUGGACAUAAAGGCGAAGAAAGUAUCAACCAGAAAGCGGCUUCCGACACGGAGACAGAAUGGAGCUGCCAGAGUGGAGAGGGGAUUAUCGCAGCCCUUUCAGAGCGCGCACAACAAAUGCGGCCGCCAUCGAAUGCAGCAUUUACCGCCGCAGAUCCGCGCGCCGAUGGGCAGGCCGAUAGCGUCCGCGGGGGGCUCGCCGGCCGGCGAGUGCGCGCCCCGGCGCUGCCCGGCCUGUUUGGAGGAGCACGUGGGCCCGCCGGCGGCCAGCCCCGAGUGCGCGCGGGAGUGUGCCUCGAGGAGGUGCACGUGGGCGAGCCCUGCGCACACGCGCGGCGGGUGUCUACGGCGGCCGCCGGGAGGCCGGGCAGGGGCGCCGCACGUGACCUCGUGGGAAGCACGCGGCCGCGUGCGCAGCGGGUGGGCCGCGUGCGCAGACGUCCCUGCGAGGGCCCGCGGGCACCUCGCUCCGGAGCGCGGCUCGGGGGCGCGGAGCGGCGGGGCGAGGCUGCGCCGCAGGCCGCACCCCACGGACGUGUUUCCGAGGCGGCCCAGGCCCGCGGACCUGCGGCUCGGCGCGCGCCCGCAGCAACCGGGCGUGCGGAGGGACGGGCGCCGCGAAGGGCCGCGCCCGGGCGGGCCCGCGGUGUGCAGACCCCUGGCUGCACGUCUGCGGGAGAAGAGCCGGCCUGCACGCUCGGCCCGGGAGCGCGCGAGGGGCGCGCGGCUGUGGAGGGCGAGAAGGCCCGGGGGCCCGGGGCCGGUCCCGGGGGCCCUCCGCCAAGGCCUCGCAGCUGGGGCAGCGAGCCCAGCCCGCCGCCCGCGGCCCGGGCCGUGAGUGACACGCGCCGCCACAAAGGCUGUAUUUUUCCGAGCCCGCGCCCCGCCCGCGCGCGAUGGUCCCCAUGGCGACGCAGAUAGCGCGCGGCCAUUUUCCUAUCUCCCCGGAGUCUAUUAUACAGCGGGAUUAGCUCAUCUCCAGGCAGGUCAAACCCAAAGUCACACAACCUGCGGCGUGAGCCCCGCCUCCGGCCGCUCCUCCCCCGCAGCCGGCGCGGGCGACCCCCGCGGCCGGGCCCGUGUGCGGGUGCAGGGCGCCACCUGGCGGCCGCGCGUGCCCGGCGCGCGGCGUGAGAGGCGGCAGGUGCCCCAGGCUUUGGCUUUGUGUGGUGGCUUGGGCGACUCCGAGGCAAGGGCUGACACACAGUAGGUGCCCCACAACCGUUUGCCAGCAGGAUGGAAUGGCAGGAAAUUCGACAGGGGCUGACUGCCAAAGGCCACCGCAUGCUGGCAACAAAAAGCCGUCCCAUUGAAUGAAGAAUAAAAGCCAGUGUCCUUUGCAACCCUGGCAGCAAGCAGCCUUGCUGACCCCAGGUCCGGUUCCCUUCCUUCUUUCUACAGGGACAGCAGCCUUGCGGUUCUUUGGAUUCUCUGGACAAGAACCCCCUGAUCUACCCAUCUGACGGCAGUUGCUCCUCUCUCCCCCACUCCUCUGCCUGUUGGUCAAUUUCAUAGUACUUAGUGAAUUCUCUAAUAACGUUGGCUUGUUCAGGGGUCUGUGAUGUUCCAGACAGCGAUGGAGAGGUGGAAUUCUGACUGGUUGGGAUAUUAACAACGUUAGGAAGGAAUGGUUGAGAACCAAAGGGCUCUGCAAGCCUCACGGGCCAGGUUGUGAAGCUUUCCUUGCAUCCCUGAGCCUAGCAUCCUCGCUAGCUGAGAGUUCUUCAGCAGCCACUCCUGGCCCAAGGCCUGGCCCACGCACCUCCCCCAUUUGAAGGGGCGGGAGCUACAUGGCUCCUCACUUCUCUGCACCUGCUGUGGAGGUGAACUCGCUCCAUCUUGCUCCCCGAGAGCAGGUCCACUAGUGGCAGCGCACUGGGGGGGGGGGGGCUUGAACCACAGGAGACCUCACUCAUGAUUCAGGUUAAGUAGGCAGAGCCGUCCCGGCUGACUGUGAAGCUGGGUCCACACACCGCCAAAGGGAGCUCAGCAGGCUCCAUCCUUGGGGUGGGGGUCAGGGUUUGGGAGUAGCUCUUCGAGAGGUCUUGGCCAGACUUCACCUUCUAGCAGCUUCCUCAGCACUGUCCUGGAAGAGGAGCUGAGUGGGGACCCUCGCUCACCUUCCACCCACUCCCCCUCCCAGCUGGGCAGCCCUAUGUAAGCGGCUUUCCCACUCUGAACCUCUGGUUCUGCCUCUGCGCUCCUCCCUCCAGGAGUACGAACUGUGGGGCUUGUGUGUGCGCUUGCCUUCAAAAAGCAUUUUGCGAGCCUGGCUUGUCAGGUUGGCGGCCAGAGCGUCUGGCCUGUGCCAGGCACUGGCCUGCCAGCACUCGAGUGGGAGACCUCAUAUAAAGAAUCUCAUUUCUUGCUUCUCAUGAAACGCUUCAAAACUGGCUGUUCUGUGGCUGGGUUCUUGCACGGUGAAGGGCUGCAGGAGUUCCGCAGACACCUCCCUCUCCCCCGAGCACCUGGAGCCAACCCAUACGCCAGCCCCUGGGUCAGCAGUGUGUCCCUCGCUGGGACACGGAGUGCUAGUGGCUGUGUUAGUUUUGCCUUCGCUUCUGGCAUCGGGGACUUCUAGCUUGUUCUCCCUGUAGGACCAGUAAGCCACUCAGCAAUUAAUUAGUCAAUGAGUUAAUGCAAUCGACACUUAAAGCGGGCACGCGGCCGUGCUCCGAAGGUCCCCAGCUGUGCAUAAUGAGCUGUGCCCAACCUACCAAUGCCGUGAAGCAAUCAGACCUGACUCAUCAUGCAGAUCAGUACUUUGUCGGAUUAUGGUAAGACUCGUGGGAGGUAUGUUUCUAAAAUCCAGGCCUUCCUCCCAGCAGUGGGAGCCAUGGAGUAAGAGAAGAGGGGAUACAGCUACUGUGUGCUGGAAGUGUGGAGACGCGCUUACAAGGACGUGGGAACACAAUAUACAGAGAGGGUCAGCAAGAUGGCUCUGUGGGCCAAAGCUCGCCACCCAGCCUGACCCGGUUUAAUCCCCUCUCCCAGAGAGUAGGAGGAGAGAACCGACUCCUGCAAACGGUCUUCCAGCCUUCACAUCCCCCCCCCACAAAUAAACGAAAGACGGUGUCAACAAAUCAACAGAAAACCCAGGAGAGUUCGCAAAGGGUGUGGAGAGAAGAAUCAAAAGGUGACUCGUCUCUCAAACGAAUCAAAACUGCAGGGCGAGGGGGUGCACGCCUGGAAUCCCAGCACUUGGGAGGCAGAGGCAGGGGGAUCGCUGUGAGUUCGAGGCCAGCCUCAGAACUGGGACCAUUUAUGAAAAACAAACUGCAGCCCUCUGAGUCAGGAUUCUCGAACAAUGGUGGCACACACCUUUAGUCCAGCAGAGGCAAGGGAUCUCUGAGUUCUAGGCCAGCCUAGUCUACAGAGUGAGCAUCAGGACCGCCGGGGCUGUCGUGUACAGAGACCCUGUCUCUAAAUGAAUAAAUAAACAAAUAACAAGAA